AUGGGCCCCCUUCGGUGGGGGCUUCUGCUCGGUUGCCUGGGCUGUGCAGUCCUGCCCGGAGCCUGGGCGCAGUUCCCCCGGGUCUGCAUGACGGUGGACAGCCUGGUAUCCAAGGAGUGCUGCCCGCCGUUGGGUGGGGAGCCGGCCAACGUCUGUGGCUCUCGGGAGGGCCGUGGCCAGUGCACAGAGGUGCCAGCCGACACCAGGCCCUGGAGUGGUCCUUACAUCCUGAGAAACCAGGAUGACCGAGAAUUGUGGCCCCGGAAGUUCUUCAACCGGACCUGCAAGUGCACAGGAAACUUUGCGGGCUAUAACUGUGGAGACUGCAAGUUUGGCUGGACCGGCUCCAACUGUGACCGGAAGAAACCACUGGUUGUUCGACGGGACAUUCAUUUUCUGACUCCUCAGGAGAGGGAGCAGUUCUUGGGUGCCUUAGACCUCGCAAAGAACACCACGCACCCCGACUACGUGAUCACCACGCAGCACUGGCUGGGCCUGCUUGGGCCCAAUGGGACCCAGCCACAGAUCGCCAACUGCAGCAUCUACGAUUUCUUUGUAUGGCUCCAUUAUUAUUCUGUCAGAGACACGUUAUUAGGACCAGGGCGCCCAUUCAAGGCCAUUGAUUUCUCACACCAAGGACCCGCCUUUGUCACCUGGCAUCGGUAUCAUUUGCUGUGCUUGGAAAGAGAUCUCCAGCGACUUAUUGGCAAUGAGUCCUUUGCUUUGCCCUACUGGAACUUUGCCACUGGGAGGAACGAGUGUGAUGUGUGUACAGACCAACUGCUCGGGGCAGCAAGCCAAGAUGACCCAACUCUGAUUAGUCAGAACUCAAGAUUCUCCAGCUGGGAAAUUGUCUGUAAUAGCUUGGAUGACUACAACCGCCACGUCACUCUGUGUAAUGGAACCUAUGAAGGGUUGUUAAGAAGAAAUCAAGUGGGAAGAAAUGGUGAGAAAUUGCCGUCCUUAAAAGACGUACAAGAUUGUCUGUCUCUCAAGAAGUUUGACAAUCCUCCUUUCUUCCAGAACUCUACCUUCAGCUUCAGGAAUUCCCUGGAGGGGUUUGAUAAAGCGAAUGGGACCCUGGACUUCAACGUGAUGGGCCUUCAUAAUCUGGUUCACGCCUUCCUGAAUGGGACAAGCGCUUUGCCACAUUCUGCCGCCAAUGAUCCCAUUUUUGUGGUCCUCCAUGCCUUUACUGAUGCCAUUUUUGAUGAGUGGAUGAAAAGAUUUAAUCCUUCUGCAGAAGCUUGGCCUCAGGAGCUGGCACCCAUUGGUCACAAUCGGAUGUACAACAUGGUUCCUUUCUUCCCUCCAGUGACUAAUGAGGAAUUCUUUUCAACCGCAGACCAACUUGGCUACAGCUAUGCCGUUGAUAUGCCAGUUUCAGUGGAGGAAACCCCAAGUGGGACCACAACUCUCCUGGCGGUUAUGGGAAUGCUGGUGGCUUUGGUUGGCCUUUUCAUGCUGCUGGCUUUUCUUCGGUAUAGAAAACUUCGAAAAGGAUAUACGCCCUUGAUGGAGACACAUUUAAACAACAAGAAAUACACAGAAGAAGCCUAG